GUUUACAUUCAAUUCUUCUUGUGGUAACGUACCGAACAGAUCCGGUGCGCUUAGCAAAAUUGCCAUCAACAUUGUGAAAAACUUAUAAUAAUUUUUUUUUUUUUUUUUUUUAAUUUUAAUUAUUUUAUUAUUAAAUUAAUAUACUACUUAUUUUAAUAAUAAUUUUUUUCUUUAUUUUUAAUAUAUUAAAUUAAAAAAAAAAAACAUUUAUAUUUUUGACAAUAAAUUAAAUGAAAUUUACAUUAAUAAUAAAUUGACAAUUUAUUAACAAAAAAAAAUUAAACAAUAAAUUUUUGUCUUAAAUAUUAUAUUUUAAAAUAAAAUAAAAAAUAAAUUUUUCCAAAAUGUUUUGGAAAUUUAUCGCACAGUGGAUUUGGGAAAUCAUUAGAAAUACAAGAAGUGAUUUAAUAUUGACAAUUGUAAUGGUUUUAACAGUGUUUAUUAUUGUUAAGUGGUAUAAAGAAAUUAAAAAUUUACCACCAGGACCAUGGGGUUUACCAAUUAUUGGCUAUCUACCAUUUAUCAAAGGUGAUAUACAUAUUGAAUUUGGUAAACUUGCUAAAAAAUAUGGCUCAAUGUUUAGUGCUAAACUUGGUACACAAUUUGUUGUUGUAUUAAGUGAUUAUCGAACUAUCCGUAAUGCAUUUACACGAGAAGAAUUUUCCGGCAGACCAAAUACUGAAUUUAUGAAUAUUCUCGGUGGUUAUGGAAUUGUCAAUUCUGAGGGUGCAUUGUGGAAAGAUCAGAAAAAAUUUCUUCAUGAAAAAUUAAGAAGUUUAGGAAUGACAAAUAUGGGUCACGGAAAAAAAAUCAUGGAGUCUAAAAUAAUGCGUGAAGUUGAUAUUCUAAUACGUAGUUUAUCCUUGAAACGGGGCGCUCCAACUAAUGUGUCACUUUCUUUGGGCAUGUCAAUAAGUAAUGUUAUAUGUUCAAUAAUAAUGAGUGUUAGAUUUACACAUGGUGAUAAACAAUUUAAACGUUUUAUGUCACUUAUUGAAGAAGGUUUUAGAUUAUUUGGUAGUAUUGUUUUAGUUAAUUUUAUACCAAUUAUGAAAUACUUACCAGGAUUGACAAAAAUAAGAAAUAAAAUAAAACAAAAUAGAGAUGAAAUGGCAUGUUUUUUUCAAGAAACAAUUGAUAAACAUCGUUCAACAUUAGAUGAAAAUAAUGUACGUGAUUUAGUUGAUGCAUAUUUAAUUGAAAUUAAAAAUGCUAAAGCUGAAGGAAGAGAAACAAAAUUAUUUCAAGGAAAAAAUCAUGAUCGUCAAAUGCAACAAAUACUUGGUGAUCUUUUUUCGGCUGGCAUGGAAACUGUAAAAACAACGUUGGAAUGGUGUGUAGUUAUGAUGCUUCAUCAUCCAGAUGCUGCAAAAGCUGUACAAGAAGAACUUGAUCAAAUUGUUGGAAGAUCAAGAAUGCCAAGUUUAGAAGAUUUACCAUAUCUACCAAUAACUGAAUCAACAAUACUUGAAGUUAUGAGAAGAUCAAGUAUUGUACCACUUGGUUCAACUCAUGCAACAACUCGUGAUGUUAGCUUAAAUGGUUUUACGAUACCAGCUGGCGCUCAAAUUGUACCUCUUCUUCAUGCCGUUCAUAUGGAUCCAGAAUUGUGGGCGGAGCCAAAUGAUUUUAGACCAGCCCGAUUUAUAUCCGCUGAAGGAAAAGUAACAAGACCCGAAUAUUUUAUGCCAUUUGGUGUUGGUAGAAGAAUGUGUCUUGGUGAUGUACUUGCUAAAAUGGAAUUAUUUUUAUUUUUUUCUUCAAUAAUGCAUACAUUUGAUAUUAAAUUACCUGAUGGUGAUAAAUUACCAAAUCUUAAAGGUAAUGCAGGUAUAACAAUAACACCAGAUUCAUUUAAAGUAUGUCUUUUACAACGAAAACUUGAUAUAACAUUAUGCCCAAAUGAUUUGCCAAGUCCACUCAGAAAUAUUGGUAGUCAUUAAAUUAUAAUGGCUACUAUUAUUUUUACAUUUUCCCUUGAAAAAACAAACAGUUGUAUUUUUCAUUUUUAUCAUUUUAAUUUUAUAUAUAGUUAAUUAAUCAACAAGUCAAGUGAAUAAUACAGUCAGUCUUUGUGAAUGAAUCGAGCGUGUUGUCUAAAAUAUUUCAAAAAAAAAAAAAAAACAACAAAAAAAGACAACU